AUGAGUGAACGCGAUUACGUCCAGUUGUUUGAGAUCAGGUCCCAUCGACAACGCAAAGAACUCUUGUGCCAUAUAUUCGCCGCAUUUCACGCCACACUCAACCACUUCCCCGCCCACUGGUCGGCCAUGAAGAUGACGGCCAAUCACGUGAUACUGUGUUCGCUGCAGGAGUUGUGCGCCAUAAUGAGCCGGGACUUCUUGGGCGGCGCUUUCGAUAUAGUGGUGUGGCGUUCGUUCUUCUCAUUGGCCAUCAGUUUUCUGACACAACCGGGCCUUCAGUUGGAGCGGUACUCGUGGUUCAAACAACAUGCCAUCACCGAUAGGUACGGCGAUAUGCGUGUACUCAUGGGCUUCCAGUUGGUCGCCUGUUGGGAACAGUUGGGUGCGUCCAAGAUUGGGUUCAUUCCGGCGCUGGUUAGCCCUUUCCUGGAGGUGACGCUCGUGCCGGAGGCCGACCUCCGCAAGGCUACCAUUCCUAUAUUCUACGAUAUGAUUGAUGUCGAGUACAACGCUAACGGCAACUUCAAGCAGGUGGAGUGCGCUCUAAUCGAUAAACUGGAUAUUCUGGUCAAUAACGGCGCCGGUGACCCAGAGUUCCGGGAACUACUGUCCACGAUUCUGAACGACAAGUUGUCUCAAUUGAACCCAUUAUGGCGUGAAGAUGGUCUACGACUGAUAAACUCGUUGUCGAAGUUGAUGUCACUAUUGAUCGACUACCGGACAGUCAUGUCAGGGGAUGGCGACUCCGUACUCAUGUGUACGUACGCUCUGUUGCGCUUCUAUAGGGACGAGAUAUGUUCGUCCAAUCGGACGGCCAUUAUGUUGCGGUACAUCUCGAAGCUGUCGGCGCUGCACAUCCCGUUAGGCAACUUCGCUGAGUCGGCAUUCGCUCUGCAAUUGCACACAAACCUCCUGUCGUGGGACGCGGCCGAGUAUCUCAAAAAGGAGGCGCUCUAUCAGCAGAUUAUCGAUUACUUUGAUAGGGGCUCGUGUUGGGAGGAAGGGGUGAACAUGUGUAAGGAGUUGGCGCCGGUGUAUGAGCGCCAGUACGCGUUGGACAAGUUGAGUCAAGUGCUGAAAAGGCAUUCAGCGUUUUUGGAUAAGAUUUUGACUAAAUUAAGGCCAGAGAACGAGUACUUUAGGGUCGGCUUCUAUGGACUCGACUUUCCUUCUUUUCUACAGAAUCGGGUGUUUAUAUUCCGUGGUCUGGAGUUGGAAAAGAUCGGCGCAUUUACGCAGCGCAUACAAUCGGAGUUCCCUUCGGCGCAACUCAUGACCAAAAACGUACCGCCGGACGAGAGUAUCACCGAAUCCCAGUCCCAAAACAUUCAAAUAGUGGCCGUAAAGCCAGUGCCCGAACCGCCGCAUAUACUUAAGAAUGAGUGCAAUAUAGGCACCGGUAGUUCGCAGAUACCGGACACGGCGCUCAACUACUACAGCACCAACUGUGUGCGCAAAUUCAUAUACGACCGGCCCGUUCAAAGGGCGCCCUUUGACCCGAACAACGAGUUCAAGUCGCUGUGGAUCGAGCGGACGUGCUGUCAGAUUGAGCACCAGUUGCCCGGAGUGUUGCGUAUGUUUGAGGUGGUGGCCACUCACGUGACCCAAGUGUCACCCAUAGAGCACGCGUGUGAGACCAUCGAGAAUAUGAACGCAGAGUUAUCCAAAUUGAUCUCCAGUUUCACCACUGAUGCCAAAUACGAGUCCAUUUCGCCGCUGUCUAUGAGAUUACAAGGUAUUCUCGAGGCGGCAGUCAAUGGCGGAGUCGCCAAAUAUAUGGACGCCUUUCUGGUGCCGGCGUUCAUCGCCGCCAACCCUAACCUCUCGUCAUAUAUCGUGCGCCUGAAGUCGGGGAUCGCCCAUCAGGUGCGCAUUCUCGAAGGCGGGCUCACACUCCACGGCCGGUUAGCCCCGCAGGCGGUGCGUCCGCUGCAUCAGCGCCUCGUCGAGCGCUUCCAGACCAUGAGAGCCCACAUUCAUCAGUCCAAUGUCGACAAUAGGCCGUCGAUUCUCUCGCAACCCUUACCUCCCAUCCCAUCGUCCGAUAGUCUCAAGAAGUCUGUUGUGAUCGUCGCCGGCGCCACAGAUAUGCCCCCUAUUUAUGGCCAAAUGCUCGACGAGAAUAUCUAUUCCGUACCCCAGGAUCAGCCCAACCCCUCC